AUGCAGCAAGUUCCUUCCUCGCCCCAGUCGGAUGAGUGUGCUCAAAUGAGCGUCCCUGUCGCCGGUCUCGAGGGUUUGACGCUGUACGAGAAGAAAUGUCGCCUGGUCAACCGAGAAAUCGAUCGUCAGGGCAUGGGCCGAUACCAGUGGUACAUCUGGAUCCUGUGCGGGCUCGGCUACUUUCUUGAUCUUCUCUGGGCCCAGGCGUUUAGUCCCGUACAGCAAGAGAUGGGCUUUCGGGACAGUCAGUCGGGAAACAUUUCGACGAGCUUCAACGCUGGCCUAACUGCGGGCGCUAUAUUCUGGGGCUUGAUUUCAGACAUUGUCGGUCGCCGCUGGGCAUUCAAUCUGACCUGCCUCCUCUCAUGCACCUUCGGCCUCUGUCUCGGCUUCUCAAAUGAUUACAAAACCCUGCUUGUCAUCACUGCCUUUGUUGGCUUCGGAGUCGGCGGGAAUAUCCCCGUCGACAGUGCCAUCUUUCUUGAAUUUGUUCCACAACCUCUGGGAGUGGUCGUGUGCAGCGCCAUUGCUUUUGGCUUCAUCCCCGUCUAUGCGUGCUCUCCAAACUUUUCCGAGAAGGAUCCUCUGCAAUCGUGCCGUACCGCCGCUCCGGGGGCUGCUUGCUGCUCGCGUUCCGACAACAUGGGCUGGCGUUACUUUCUGUAUACGCUAGGUGCCAUAUCGUUUGUGGUAUUCUUUUUACGAUUUGCCGUCUUUACGUUUCGGGAAACCCCCAAGUAUCUUCUAUACAAGGGAGAAGAUGCCAAGGCCAUAGCGACAAUGCAGCACAUGGCCAAGGUAAAUAGACAGCAGUGUCGCCUAACUAUUGAGGACUUUCAGGCCCUCGAACCAAACGGCUGCAGUGAAGAGGUAAGAUCGUCCGACUUAUUGAUCCCUGGCCAGAAGGGUGUUUCGUUGGCGAGAGAGAGCUCUAUCAAGUUUCGCCGAUGGCUCGAGAGAUACAAGAUGCUGUUUGAUGGCUUUCAGAUGACGCGACUUACCAUCCUGGUAUGGCUCACUUACAUUAUGGACUUUUGGGGAUUCACAGUUGCUGGCUUCUAUCUUCCCCGAAUCUUGGCUCUCAAAAAUGGCGCCGCGUCCGCCAGCCUUGCAUUCACCUAUGCCGCAUACAUCUACACCUAUGCUCCGGGUAUCAUUGGCGUCCUACUAGGCGCGUUUGUCUGCCGUGUUCCCGCAAUCGGGCGCAAGUGGACAAUGGCCGUGUCGUCGGGUCUCAUGGGCGCAUCCAUCCUGCUCCUCUCAAAAGCCGACACAAUCGCGAAAAAUGAGGGCCUUUUCGCCCUCCAGUACUUCUUUCAGUCCAUGUUUAAUGCCGUCUUGUAUGGAUGGACGCCCGAGGCAUUCCCUGCGCCUGUAAGAGGGACGGCAUGUGGAGUGGCCAGUUUCUGGGGUCGGCUGUUCGGUAUUAUUAGCCCCCUGAUUGCGCAGCACUUGUAUGGGAGAACGACGGGGCAUGACGGCAAUGGAGAUAUUAACAGCGUGCUUUAUUUGGCGGGGGGCGUGUCGUUGGGGUGCGUGGUGACUACGGCGUUGUUGCCGUCCAAACUGAUGGAGGCCCAGGAUGAACGCUCGUGA